CCUCCAGCUCUCUGCCAGACCCCACCCGCUCACCCACUGGGCAUCAGACUUCAAAGAUGGGAUGAAGUGACAGAACCGCAGGCAGAGGAACUUGUGAAAGUGACACAGCUGUACUGUAAAAACACCAGCCCACGGACUUUGCUGCCAGAGGAACUUAACUGCCAGCGCUGAUAGACCUGAGAGCAGGAUUGCCUCAGACAUGGAGCGAGAACCAAUGCGCAUAAGGGAGGGCUACUUGGUUAAGAAGGGCAGCAUGUUUAAUACCUGGAAGCCGAUGUGGGUUGUGCUUUUAGAAGAUGGAAUUGAAUUCUACAAGCGGAAGGCUGACAACAGCCCCAAAGGGAUGGUCCCACUAAAAGGAAGCUCUAUUAACAGCCCAUGCCAUGAUUUUGGCAAAAGAAUGUUUGUCUUCAAGCUCACUGCAGCCAAGCAGCAGGACCACUUUUUUCAAGCUGCCUACCUGGAGGAGAGAGAUGCCUGGGUACGGGAUAUCAAGAAAGCAAUUCAUUGCAUAGAUGGAGGCCAAAGGUUUGCCAGAAAAUCCACAAGAAGGUCUAUCAGACUGCCUGAAACAAUCAACCUGAGUGCUUUGUACCUCUCAAUGAAAGAUCCUGAAAAGGGAAUAAAGGAGUUGAAACUGGAAAAAGAUAAAAAAGUGUUCAAUCACUGCUUUACAGGCACCUGUGUGAUUGACUGGCUGGUGUCCAGCAACUCCAUCCGAAAUCGCAAAGAAGGUCUCAUGCUUGCCUCCUCGCUCUUGAGUGAAGGCUACCUACAGCCUGCAGGGGAUACAUCCAAGGCUGCUGCCGAGGGCCUGUCAGACACCCCCUUCUUAGAUCUCAGCGAUGCUUACUAUUACUUUCCAGACAGUGGGUUUUUCUGCGAGGGAAAUUCUAGUGAUGAUGAUGUGGUCCUGAAAGAAGAAUUCAGAGGCAUAGUAGUCAAACAAGGAUGUUUGCUGAAACAGGGACAUCGGAGGAAGAACUGGAAAGUGAGAAAGUUUGUUUUAAGAGAGGACCCUGCUUAUCUUCACUACUAUGAUCCUGCUGGAGGAGAAGAACCACUAGGAGCAAUUCACUUGAGAGGCUGCGUGGUGACAGCAGUGGAAGAUAUGCCAGACUCCAAGAAGUAUGAUGUUGACAACAUCCUCUUUGAAAUCAUCACAGCAAAUGAAACCCACUAUUACUUGCAAGCAGCUUCAUCUGCAGAGCGUACAGAGUGGAUCAAAGCAAUUCAGGCAGUUGCUAGGACUGGAAAAUGAAGAUGAUCUGCCAGCAAGAAGACAGACAACUGAAAUUCGUUACUCAGAACAGAAAUUUUAGCAUUUCACUGAGAGAAAACAGGAUCAUCCAGAAAGAUGUCCUAAGGCUUCUAGGUUGGGGGUGAGGGUGCGUAGUAAGUUUCAAUACUAUAGUGGGCACUAACAAACUAACAUUCUUCCACUUGUGUUAUGGUAAUAUUUUACUAAAUUAUAGCACAGAAAAUGCCAUAUUAGUGUGUGCUGCUUAGAGUAAUUGGUCUACCUUGGGAAGGUUUGUACCUUACACCUUUCCCUGCUGCCACAGCUGAUAGAAUUUCACCAUUAACAGAGGACAGGGUCAUGUCACUGACUACAAGUGAGGAGCUCAACCCGUCACUUACCAUUCAGCCUGUGUUGUGUUUCAGUAUCUUCAGAUACUUCAAAGUCUUCCCAAGACAAACUUUACACUUUCUUCUUUACCAGAUCUUUUUACUGCUUGUUCGCCUAUACAAGUAAUGCCACAGAUUUAAGGAAAGAAAUCAAGUAACUUGGAAACCUGAUCCACUCCUUUAUAAUACUUCAGUGUUAAGGAAGGGAAGAAUGCAGACAGCUAUGGAAACACCACGUGGAAAGCAAGUACAACUCAGUGACAGUGGUAUUAGGAAAAGUCUCUUCCCACAGUAUUUCAAACACAAAGCAAUCUCAGUUCAACUUCUUUAUCACCUGAUUUUGACCUUUGCUAAAUUUCUCCACAAGAAUCUGCUCUAGGACCAUUGUUUCCCUUCAUUUAGGUCUCCAAAGCAGUUGCUAGGGUGUCAUACAUUGCUGAUUUGACCUGUAUUUUAAUUAAGAAUCUUACAGGAGAAGGGAAAGGAUCCAUGGGUUACUUACUUGAACUAGUGCUUUGAAGUGGUUUUGUUUAGGUUUUUCUUUUUUAACCUCCAGCAAUAUACUCAGUCCUUGGUUCUAUGCCUUACUAAUAUAAGAGAAACCUUAUGCUUGCUGUAACUGAAAUAAACAUUACUAUUUGACAGGAUCAGUUUACCUGAUCAAUCAUAUUUUUGGCUGACUGUAUGUAUCAAACUUCUAAGUGUUAAACUUUAAGCAGGAGUUGAAAGUCAAGUUAAUGUCAGAUUCUGCAUGUAGAGUGUUCUGGAUGGAGACUGAUGUUUCUGAGUGCUAGUAAACUUCAAAACUUUUAGAACUCUGUUUGUAGAUCUAAUAAGGUACCUUAUCCUUAAGAAUUCUUAUUCGGAUCUCUUCAGUCUAAAAAAAAUCUGGAACUAAAGCUUCUUUUCAAUUCUGCUUAAUUAUACCUAUAUCUGAGCUAAUGAACAUGAAGGUCUUUUGCCUUAGUAUUGCUUAUCAUAAAGAAAACACAGCCUUGCAGGGACAACAGGCUGGCAGACACUGCAUCGUCAUGCCUAUUUAAGACAUCCAGAGGAAAUCGGCUUCUGGCAGACAUUUCCUGUAUCUCACGCAAGCUGACAGGAUCACUGAAGCCUGGUCUAUCAUUCUGAGGAAGGAAGAUUCAUGGCAAAAAGAUACCUGUUUGCUCAGCCUGCUUUCUUGGUAAUUGCUUUGUGGUUGCUGCUUAUUUUUGCCUUCAGACCUCACUAACCCAAAAAUACCCUAUGGCACAGGAAAAUAGAAAACCACCCCACAGAACCAAACAACAGAAACUUGCCCAGCUUAGCAAAGGAGGGGUGCAACUGCCAAUUUUUAAUAAAACUAAAAAGUUUUACCAGUCUUUGACCUUGUUAUUUUUCCCUGUGCCCAGUCAAGCGUACAGCUGCCCACCUAUGAACAGUAUUUUCUCUGGUAUAUGGUGCUAGUCAGUGUAUUUGUGGAAGAGCUCUGAUGUUUGUACCUGUUUGACUGUAUCAAUAGGGUCUCUAACCUUAUAGGUAGUUCUUCUGAAGAUAGAUCACAAGGGUUUGUAGGUGUCUCUACUUCUUGGUGGAAACGGGAAGAUUGGAAGAGUAUAUCUGAUGCCACCCUACCUACAUUUCCUGCUAUAAAUGCUUUCAUUUGCCUGAGACUGGUACUGGGAGUGACUCCAAACUCUUCUUCCUUUUAGUCAGGUUCUCAUGCGUUUCUUGACAUCAAUAAUUAGCUCUGCGUUCCAGGGUGAAUGUGCUCUAGUCCAUUUUCAGACAAGGCCUGGCAAGAAAAACAAUACAUUUCGCAGACCUUUCUCUCUGAUAAGCUCUUCACAAGCGAUGAAUUGAGGACCAGGGUUAUUAUGGGGCUAGUUUUCACAGACAUUUGGUUUCCUAACUCAUGGCAGUCCUUUUGAAAAUCAAAGUAGGUACCUGAAUGCCACAGCAGUCUGACCAUAGGAACUGUGUGUGAGAUGAUGACAAUUGUCAUAACCCUUGAACUUAGGCAGGAAAAUCACUAAGGACAGAGCUACUAGAGUUGAGACAAGGUGGCGAGGACUAUUGUAACAGAUGUCUGUAUAUGAGAAAAUAAGAAGGUUAGUUUUGUAUCAUUACAAUUUCUAGAGAUACUAAAUAGAUCUUGUCUAAGGGAAUUCUGUAUUAAAAAGCAGCUACAAAUCUAUCAUAGAUUAUGAGGCCAGCCUAGUUACUCAGAAGGCAUGGAAGGGAAGAGGCAUGUAUCCUGAAUACUAGCACAAGAGAAGAGAGAGCAGGCCUAGGACAAGGAACUACUAAUUGCAAGAGGAAAAAUAGAAGAGCAGACCUUCAUGUGCCAUGCUUUCUCCAUCUGUUUUCACCCUCUAACUAUUUAAAUCACACUUCUUCUAUACACUCAGCAAUUACUACAUCAGCAUCAGUUCCUUUUUUCCUUAUAACAUGAAUUAGUCUUUUUUCAUAGACUAAAGGACAGCAAAAUAAACCAUUGUAGAUCAGGACUAUAUUUAUAAUCUUCAAUUACCAUAAGACUUGUAUGAUAUAAUCUACUAUAAAGAUCCUCUUAGGUUUGUGUUUGACUUGCCACAUCUUACAUUGAGCAGUUUUCCCUCCCCUGGAACACUGCCUGUGUGCUUACUGCAGUCAGGUUUUCAGGAAUGUUUAUUAACCAUGCACCCAUAAAAACAUCCAUGUAGACAUGGAGCUCCUUCUUCCAUGGUUUAAAAGAAAACAGGACAAAGCAAACCACACGCACAUACACUGAAAAAAUAACAUCCAUGAGGACUGCAGUGGCCCAACAAGCUUUCAGCCACAGGUGUUACUUUUUCUUAUAAUCCCGUAAACACUGCAUAUGGAGGUACAUGGCUCAGCUGCUCAAGGGAGCCUUGUUGCAAUGUGGAGCCUUUGCAGUGCUCCCAUCUGGCUUCAGCAGUUGCUGGAUUAGAGCCUGAAAGAGGAGAGUGUGUUUUGUGAGCUCUGCAGAAGUCGCUUCAGUAUGAGAAUGAGACUUAGUCCUGGCUGAUGUGAAAAAUGAAUGUGGCAGGGAGCUGCCAUCUGUGUCUGUGAGUUGUUUUUGUUAUAUGGGAUGGUGAUAUAAAUGAAGUUUGAAUCUGAUGCAUGAAGAAUAAUUUGAAUGUGGUUACUUCAUCACCUUUUGAAGGUAUUUUAGGAACUGCUUUACCUCUUAAAAUGGUAGGUUGGUGAUCUGCAA